AUGUUGCGGGCACCACCCCGAGGUGGUGUACGACCCAUAGACCACCUUCUCGUGCUGGUCGUCGUGGUGGCCCUGUGCACCACGACGCCGCGUGGAGGUGUCGAUGCCGCCUCCAUCACCGACCACCACUACAGCCAGCGCUCGGGCUCGACGGUGGGCGUGGUGCGCAACCAGGAGUUCCUGGACGUGUUCUUCGACGGGCCGGUCUAUCUGAGCUCGCUCGCCCUCCAGACUUGCGGCUACGACCCACCGUCCGACGGUCCCGGCUGCGUGUGCAACGCCUCCACGCCCGCCACCUCCUGCACCCUCGGUCCCGACUACCAGUGCCUCAACCUCACCACCGGUGGAUCGGUCGAGUUCCACGGGCAGACGGCGAUGGGCGAGGAGAUGCUGUUCGAGGUGCUGGUGCCGGCGUGCCGGAGCGUGGUGGUGGCCGUGGUGCCGUCGGCGGGCGACGUGGACCUCUACGUCGGGUGGUACAACGUCACGCACCCGUCGUCCAACGGCUACUUCAAGGCGUCGGUGCGCUACGGCAGCCUGCCCGAGUACGUCGUGCUCUGCUGCGGGUCCUACACGGGCCGGGCCUUCCCGUCGGGCAUGCCCAUCUACCUCAACGUGCGGGCCUACACCGACUCCUCGUGGACCCUCCACGUCUACGACAUGAGCGCACCCAUCCCCAUCGAACCCCUCUACCCCUUUGUGAAUGUGGUGGUGGAGUGCGAGGUGGACGGGACCUGCGACACGUACGGGGUGACCAACCCUACAUGCGCCAACGUGGACCCCAUCGCCCCGGCCCCCGACUCCCCGCUCGUAUCGUGGGCCUCGACCGCGCCCGAACCGAUCCCGGGGCUCGAGUUCACGACGGUGCCGGGCAAGUUUUCGCUGCGGCGGCUCGUGUCGCAGGUGGGCAUCCACGGGCAGCUCCAGGUCAUCUACCGAGAGCCCCUCUCGGCCUGCAACGUCUCCUUCACCGGCAUCCAGGACGCCAAUCAAACGGAGGGCUUCGCGAACGUGACGGCGCAGCUCAAUUCGAUGUCGGCGCUAUUCGACGAGGCCAGCUCGCAGGGCGACUUUGACGAGGUGGUCUACCUGGCCAACGGCUACGUCAACAGCGACAACUGGUUCGGCUGCCACACGCUCAUCGACUCCCAAUACGUCCACGUCAGCGCCCGCGACACUGUCACCAGCCGCACCCUACGUUGCACCUCAACCGACCCUGCCUACAACAGCUCCACCGACCCGUGCUGCAAUUUCUUUGAGCUGUGGACGGACAAUUGCGAGAUGAAGGAGAUGACGUACGAGGUGACGACCUAUGCGGCCGACAAGGAGGCCGUCAAGGUGGGUUGCACGGAGGGCGCCGGCUGCGUGUACCUCGCACUCGACGACUACGCCCGCCUCAAGCAGUACGACGACGACCCCACGCGCAGCUGCGCCUCCCCCUUCUUCGACUCGGGGGUGUCGCUCAAGCUGCGUCAGCCCGGGUUCGACUGCCGCGCCCAGGUCCUGGGGUCCUACUGCGAUUCCGACCGCAAUUGCCCGACUGGCGAGCGGUGUUCGAUCUACCACCGGUGCUCUGUGGCCUGCCUUAGCGACGUGGACUGCUAUCACAACGGCACGUGCCAGAAUGCUCUCUGCACGUUCCCCCUCGACACCAUCACCCAGAACGACCUCAUCGCCCAGUGUGUUGUGGAGAACAUGGGCUCCACUGACCUACAGUACUAUCGCGCGCUCUGGAACUUGACCGCGACGUGCGUGGGCGGGCCGGAAAUCGAUCGGUACAACAUCACCGGGCAGUGCGAGAACUCGUCGAGCUGCAACUGGGCCGCCUGCCAGCUCGACAUCGGCAUCUUCCCCGACUGGGAGACCGAUUGCGAGGACAGCUGCAACCAGCGGCCGCUGCCCGACCCGGCGUCGGUGGGCGCCACCAAUUUCUGCGGCCGCUGCUCCGCCCAAUACCCCGACUCCUGCUGGGAGAUAUCCUACUCUUCCUCCCUCAUGCGCCACGUGUCCCGAUUUGGUGGUUGCUACGUGAGAGGCGACUACAACCUGGUGUGGGCCGACCAUGACUACUGCAACGUACUCUUCGGCGCCUCCACAAACCAGAUGCUGGAGGAGUGCCCGCUGCAAGGCAAGGACCUCUCCAGCUGCCUGCUCGACGUAUCUCUUACCGGCUGCGACGCCAUGCGGGUCGACGUCGGUGAUUUUGGGCAGGUGAAGGCGGUGUGCGAGGAGUUCUGCUGGACCUCCCGCGGCACUGAGUCGGAUUGCAAGGACCCCGCGUGGUGCCGCUAUUACUACGGCAACGACGCCGACUGCCUGUGGAACGAGUUGGGGCAGUUCUGCAAGGUCAGGAAUCUCCGCGACUGGAGCAGUUGCACGUUUUGGGACAACACCACCAGCUGGAACUUCGCGCUCGAGUGGGAGCAGGGCCACCUCCAAUCGGAGGCCGAGUGUCUCGCCGGCGGGUGCUACCCUCACAACGUCACCAAUGAGAUGUCGUGCACGAGCACCCCGUGGUGCACGGCCGCCUGCAGCUACGGCGAUUGCGCCAACGAGACCGACUGCAACGCGGCCGGCUUCUGCGACGACCAGGUCGAGCUCGUCAGCCCCUACGUCGACACCUCCUUCAACCCCAUUGGCGGAGUGUGCGUGUUUCCGUUCCUGCUGACGGCCGACUCGUACGGCCUCUAUCCGUCGUGCCCGGCGUGGACCAAGCGCGGGCGGAUCGGGUGUCUGGACUACCUCAUCACCACGCCCGAGCUGUGCGCGGCCCACGGCAACGGCGCCGGCCAGUGGGUGACGGCCGCGGCGGACCGGGACCAGUGCGGGCGGUUCGGGUGGGGCUGCCUCGAGCCCCAGUACACGUACCUGGGGGGCGGCAUCGGCAACCCGGGCGACGUCUUCCUCUCGCCCAAGAACGAGUCCCUCUGCCUCGCCGCCGGCGGCGUGCCCACCCCCUACUACUCCUGGCGCCAAGGCGAAUGGCACACGGGAGGCGUGUGGACGGAUCUGAAGUGGGAGACGCGGGCGUGGAAGCCGAUGAACAAGAGCCUGGUGGAGGCGUUUGUGCCGAGCAACUACGACACCCAGGAGGUGGUGAGCCAGUACUCCUACCUGGCCCUCCUCCAGAAGUCGGACCAGUUCUGCCGCUACAACCGCCUCGUCGACACCUUCGGCAAGUUCAGCUGCUCCUGCCUGUCCGGCGACUCCUCAUUCACCAUACCGGGUGUGGCGGACAUCAUGUGGGACGAGGCCCUGAGGUUCGAGCCUGAGUGCGCGGACGUCUCGGUGUCGAUCGUACCCGUCACGCAGUUCUACCGGCAGCCCGAGGAGACCUUCGUGUCCAACAUCUUCGUCAAGACCCUUUCCAACUUCCCCGAGGGAUACAACAUCAUCGAGGUUGCCCUCACGAGCGAUGAGGCCACCCCCUCCAUCGUGUCCGGCGACCAGGGCAACGUCACGCUGUGCUUGUCCUGGCGGGCCGACGUCGGGCUGGGAGACUUCCCCACCUACGACUUUGCCAUGAGCAAUGAGGAUCUGUCCGAGUGGACGCCCCUCAACGUGCCCAUCACGCUGCGCAACGGCGGCACGGCCCUGUGCGGCAUGCUCCCGCGCCCGCUGCCCUCCUCCCUCCCCACCCUCUUCCCCAUCCAACGACUCAAUGGGUGGGAGGACAAGAAGUUCAUCGAGACCCAGAGCGACACGACCGUGGGGCUGUACUACUUUUCGGUGGCCCUCUACGCCAUCCUUCUCCUCCCCAACUCCCUGGCCAUCAUCAACCAGCUCUACCUCUUCUACCACGAGCUGAACGACCUGGGCAGCAAGACCGUGGCGACGGUCCUGUGGACAUUCUUCUCCAUGGGCCGCAUCAUCCACUUCUGCAUCCAGGCCAUCCUCAUUCUGCGGGUGAUCUACUUUGCGAUGCUGCCGACGGGCGUGUUGAACGACACCAACGUGGUGGUCUACGUCAUCCUGGGCGAUCUGCCUGUCUACCUCUUCCUCUCCAUCUACACCCUCCUCAUCUUCUUCUGGGUGGAGCUGGUGCAUUGGACGCUGAAGACGGGCGGGAAGACAAUGCUCAAGCGGAUGAAGCUCAUGUUCCUCUUCGUCAACGCCUUCAUCUACCUCUUCCUCCUGGCCCUCAUCAUCAUCUUCAUCACCCUCCAGGCCAACACCUCCACCACCGACACGUCGUGCAGCACGGACUACUUCCUUUCGGGGAGCGAUCCGAACCAGGACCUGAAGGACGCGCGUCGAGGGCUGGCCAUCUUCUACCAGACGGUGAUCAUCUUCAUCGCCCUGUGCUUGGCCAUCGCCUUCAUCAUCUACGGGUCGGUCGUGAUCUGGAUGCUCGCCAGCAUCAAGAGCAUGAGCAAGAAGCUCGCCAGUAUGAAGCGCAAGAAGAUGAUCAAGUUUUCUAUUGUGCUGGUGAUCUGCACGCUGGCGCUGCUGUGCAUGUGCGGCUUCCUGCUCUACGGCACGAUCGACCAGAGCGUGAACGUCGUCGGGGCCAUCGUGUUCGUGAUCGUGGUGGAGAUCGUGCCGCUCCUGCUGCUCAUAUUCACCGUCUACGCCAAGCGCGCCAACGUGUUCUCCAUCUGGUACUCGCGCGCCCGAAGCCGCCUCUCGUCGGCCUCACACUCGACGUCGGACGACACAACGCGAUCCAUGCCCAGCGACGAAGUCAGCCACAGCCAGACCUGA